AUAUUUAAACAUGGAAAACGAGAAGAUUGUUUGCCUUAUGCUGCCACUGUCCUCGAGUGCCUUGAUGGCUGCAAACUCCCUGAGAGCAACCAGACUCUGUUACGGAAACUGGGAGUGAAGCUUGUACAGCGACUGGGGCUGACCUUCCUGAAGCCAAAGGUGGCUGCCUGGAGGUAUCAGCGGGGCUGCCGAUCUCUGACUGCGAAUCUACAACUCCCCUCACAGGACCAGAGUGAGCAGAAGCCACUCGUCAUGACUUCUGACAGCGAUGAAGAGGAUGACAUCCCAGAGGGAGUAGAGAAUGUGAUAGAACAGCUACUGGUUGGGCUGAAGGACAAAGACACGGUUGUGAGAUGGUCUGCGGCCAAGGGAAUUGGCAGAAUGGCUGGAAGACUUCCCAAAGACCUGGCAGAUGAUGUGGUAGGGUCUGUGCUGGAUUGCUUCAGUUUUCAGGAGACGGACAAGGCCUGGCAUGGUGGAUGUCUGGCACUGGCGGAACUAGGCAGGAGAGGCCUGUUGCUCCCAUCUCGACUUGGAGACGUGGAUUUUGUUGCCGUGAUCCUGAAGGCGCUGACCUACGACGAGAAGCGCGGUGCCUGCAGUGUGGGUGCCAACGUCAGGGAUGCUGCCUGCUACGUGUGCUGGGCCUUUGCACGUGCCUACGAGCCGCAGGAGCUGAAACCCUUUGUGACUGCAAUUUCCAGUGCACUGGUAAUUGCUGCAGUGUUUGACCGAAAUGUAAACUGCAGAAGAGCAGCCUCUGCUGCCUUCCAGGAGAAUGUGGGGAGACAGGGCACUUUCCCUCAUGGAAUUGAUAUUUUGACCACAGCUGAUUAUUUUGCUGUUGGUAACAGAUCCAACUGUUUCCUGGUUAUAAGUGUGUUUAUUGCCGGCUUUCCUGAGUACACCCAGCCAAUGAUAGACCAUCUGGUUACCAUGAAAAUCAACCAUUGGGAUGGGGUUAUCAGAGAGCUGGCUGCAAAGGCGCUGCACAAUCUGGCCCAGCGAACCCCAGAGUACAUGGCCACUUGUGUUUUCCCAAAGCUGUUGUCGAUGACGCUGAGUUCAGAUCUACAUACACGACACGGAUCAAUUCUUGCCUGCGCAGAGGUGACCUAUGCCUUGUACAAACUCGCAGCACAGGAGCACAGGCCUGUAACGGACUACAUGGAUGAGAAGGCAGUGCAGGGCCUGAAGCAGAUUCACCAGCAGCUUUAUGGUCGUCAGUUAUACAGGGGCCUGGGAGGAGAGCUCAUGAGACAAGCAGUGUGCCUUUUAAUAGAAAAUUUGUCACUUUCCAAAAUGCCUUUUAAAGGUGACACCAUAAUUGAUGGUUGGCAGUGGCUGAUAAAUGACACUUUCCGAAGUCUCCAUCUAAUCUCAAGUCAUUCGAGACAGCAGAUAAAGGAUGCAGCUGUUUCAGCCCUGGCGGCUCUCUGCAGCGAAUACUACAUGAAGGAGCAGAGGGAGGCGGAUCCUGCAAUUCAGGAGGAACUGAUCGAGCAGUAUCUGGCUGAGCUGCAGAGCCCAGAGGAAAUGACUCGCUGUGGUUUCUCAUCAGCCUUGGGUGCUCUUCCUGGCUUCCUUCUGAAAGGCAAGCUCCAGCAGGUUCUCGCAGGCUUAAGAGCAGUUACCCGCACUUCUCCCAAGGACGUGAGCUUUGCUGAGUCUAGGAGAGAUGGCUUGAAGGCCAUUGCUAGGAUUUGCCAGACUGUUGGUGUGAAAGCAGGAGCCCCGGAUGAAGCUGUGUGCAAAGAGAACGCUUCUGAGAUUUACUGCUCACUGCUGGGCUGUGUACACGACUACACCACGGACAGCAGAGGGGAUGUGGGGGCUUGGGUCCGUGAGGCUGCCAUGACCAGCCUGACAGACCUGACACUUCUGCUGGGACGGAGCCAGCCAGGGCUGAUUGAGGCCCACAUCUGUGAGCGUGUCAUGUGCUGUGUGGCCCAGCAGGCGAGCGAGAAGAUUGAUCGGUUCCGUGCUCAUGCCAUGAACAUGUUCCUGAUGCUCCUACACUUUGACAGUCCUCCCAUCCCCCACGUGCCCCAUCGGGGAGAGCUGGAAAAGCUGUUUCCCAGGUCCGACAUGGCCUCUGUGAACUGGAAUGCAUCCUCCCAGGCCUUCCCGCGUAUCACCCAGCUCCUCGGGCUGCCUGCUUACCGCUACCACGUACUGCUGGGGCUGGUUGUGUCUGUGGGCGGCUUGACAGAGUCCACGGUCAGACACUCUUCACAGAGCCUCUUUGAGUACAUGAAGAAGAUUCAGAGUGACCCACAGGCCCUGGGCAACUUCAGCAGGACCCUUCUGCAGGUCUUCGAGGACAACCUUCUAAAUGACAGGGUGUCCGUGCCACUGCUGAGGACGCUGAACCAGAUGCUGGCCAAUGGCUGCUUUGACAUCUUCACCACGGAGGAGGACCACCCCUUCUGUGUGAAGUUGCUUGCACUUUGUAAGGAAGAAAUCAAGAAGUCAAAAGACAUCCAGAAACUUCGGUCAAGCAUUGCAGUGUUCUGUGGAAUGGUACAGUUUCCUGGCGAUGUGAGGAGGAAGGUCCUUCUGCAGCUUUGUCUUCUCCUCUGCCACCCGUUCCCCCUGAUUCGGAAGACCACUGCUAGCCAGGUAUACGAGAUGGUACUCACCUACAGCGACAUCGUGGGUGCAGAUGUGCUGGACGAAGUCAUGGCCGUGCUCAGUGAUACAGCAUGGGAUGCAGAACUCCUGGUUGUCAGAGGACAGCGGAACCGUCUGUGUGACCUCCUGGGUGUGCCCAGACCCCAGCUGGUGCCUAAGCCUGGUGCCUGCUGAAGCUGGUCCUGAGAGCCAAACCUGGUGGGAUGCCCUGCCCCUGAGGACAGUCACCACGGAAAGCCUGGCAUGACAGUGCCUCCGUCCAUCGAAGAGCGGCGCUGGCUGGGCGUGGUGCUGGGACUCAGAGGCUGUCACUAGAUGGCAGCUUUUACUCACAUGUCCUUGCUUCUGCCUUGACUUGAACAUAAGUGUGCUUCCUAUAAAAUCAUGUACCGAGUAGCUCGCA